CCAUCUGCGAAACGGAACUCGUACGCACUUGCACCACCUAUAGGAUGAAAAAAAUACUGACGUAUGCCAUGUCAAAUGUUUACCUUAUUUUUUAGAAUUAGCAUAUUAUAAGGCAUCAAUUGACUAUACUUGUAUAUGAUAAACAUAACAUAUUGUAUAAAAAGCUAAGAGAACAAACUGUAGGCCUACCAACACAUUUUCAUACUAUGACUAUGUGAGGUAAUUAAUAAAUACAAAUUGCAGUAAAGAACAAGAAAUAUUGUGUAAAUUCUCUAUCUAUCUAGAUAUGUAAUAAGAUACAUUUGAAAAGGAGAUUGUUAGAACGAAUCUCAAAAUGUUUACAUCAUUUCAAGAAGGUAGGCAACACAUGACGCACUGACAUCACAUGCUACAUAAUUAACCAAAGAGAAAGCGCACAACGCUUACGUAGACAAUCCCGGAACAGAUCAUGAAUGGCUCUGACACUAGGCUGGGUUGAUAUUGAACGCUUCUGUGAUGCUAUCUGGUCAACCGUAGUUUUGCGGUAAAAUGAAUAUUUUCGUCAUGUGUAUCUCAUAGACGACCACAAGGACUGACCAAGAAAAUAAUCAUAACACAUUCAGAAACAUAUUUGGUCAAUGGCAGAAGAUAAUGACAGUAUUGAUCUGGGGUCCCCCAUGGACCCCGUAGUGCCUGUUAGUGGGUUCCCUGGCCCUCCUCCCCCUAUCUACACCUGCACCCUGACCCCAGAGCUGGUGGCCAAGGCCAGGGAGGAGCUCCAGGAAAAGCCAGAGUGGCGUCUUCGGGAUGUCCAGGCGCUGAGAGACAUGAUCCUGAAGGAGCAGCCUAACCUCAGGACCCGGCUGGAUGAUGCCUUCCUUCUGCGAUUCCUCCGAGCCAGGAAGUUUGACUACGACCGUGCCCUGCAGCUGUUGCUCAAUUACCAUGGGGGCAGGAAGGCCUGGCCGGAGGUGUUCCAAGACCUUAAGCCCUCCACUGUGAAACAUGUCCUGGACCUGGGCUUCCUCUCAGUCCUGCCCCAUCCAGACCCCAGUGGGCGCUACAUCCUCUGUCUACGACCUGGAAAAUGGAAACCAAACGACUAUCCGUUUGUUGACAACAUACGAGCCAUCUACCUGACUCUGGAGAAGUUGAUUCAGCCUGAGGAAACCCAGGUCAAUGGGAUAGUCAUCCUAGCAGACUACACUGGGGUAGGAUUGUCUCAAGCAUCGAAUCCAGGCCCCUUCCUGGCUAAGAAAGUUGUGAGCAUUCUCCAGGAUGGAUUCCCUAUUAGAAUCAAAGCUGUCAACAUAAUUAACGAGCCUCGGAUAUUCAAAGGAAUCUUUGCCAUCAUCAAGCCUUUCCUGAAAGAGAAGAUGGCAGAGAGGUAUGUGCUCCAUGGGUCCGACCUGCGUUCCCUACACCGUAACAUCCCCCGCUCGGUCCUGCCAGAGGAGUAUGGUGGUGUGGCGGGCCAGCUAGACAUGUCCUCCUGGUCAAAGACUCUUCUGGACUCAGAGGAGGAAUUCCUAGUGGAGUUCUGCCAGCCAGAUCCACUGGAGGGCGUAGUGCUACCAGAGUCCAUGCUGUUUGAAGGCGACCAGGCGAGCGGUCAGGAUGAUGACUCCUUCAGGGGCCUCCGUUCUCAGCUCUAUUAUUGCUACUGACAGACAGAGAGGGAGAGAGAGAGAGAAG